AUGGAAUCAGAUCUUUUUAAUGAGAAUAAAAGUAUUAUUCUAUUUGUUUUUCUCCCUAAUUUAUAUGAUCAUCUUGUUACGAUCUUAUUACAUGGUAGUACAACACAUGUUCUUGAAGUUAUUGACUUAUUGAUGGAGUAUUAUCAUCAAAAGAAAGAUGUUAGUGAGGCUCAUGGUAAAGGUUUAUAUGUAAAGGGUGGAAGAGAACGUGGAAGGCAGAAGGAGAAAGGAUCGUCAAGAGAGAAGAAGAGUUAG